CUGGGGCGUUUGCGCAAGCGCACAACCUCACGGCCGCGUAGCUCCGAUCUGACUGAAACGCUUUGCGAGAGCUCUAGCGCCUGGCACAAUGUCGGAAAUGAACGUGCUUUGCGAGCUGUAUGAAGAGAGCAAUGACCUGCAGAUGGAUGUGAUGCCUGGGGACUGUGACUUUCCGCAGAUGGAGGUAGGCGGCGGGAGCCGGGAGCCGUCCCCGAGCCCCUCCCGCAGCGGGGCCCCGCCACAGAUCGAGGAGGAAGGCCCCAUGGAGGAGGAGGCGGCCCAGCCAAUGGCGGAGCCAGAGGGGGGACGAGGCCUUGCGAAUCGGCCCAGCCCGGGGGAGCAGGCUGGCCAGAUCGCGGGCCCCGACUUCGAGAGCGAGGAUGAGGGAGAAGAAUUUGAUGACUGGGAGGACGACUACGACUAUCCGGAAGAGGAGCCGCUGAGUGGUGCGGGCUACCGGGUGUCGGCGGCCCUCGAAGAGGCCAACAAGAUGUUUCUGAGAACAUCCAGAGCGAGAGAGGCAGCUCUGGAUGGCGGGUUUCAGAUGCAUUAUGAGAAGACCCCAUUUGAUCAGUUAGCUUUCAUUGAAGAGCUUUUCUCACUCAUGGUUGUCAACCGUCUGACCGAAGAACUCGGCUGCGAUGAGAUCAUUGACAGAGAGUAGUUACGUUGCUGUUAAAAGAGGAGGAAACAACUUGAGACAACCAACAUUCCACUGUCUCUUGGAUUCAUUCCAAAUAGUUCCGUGCCAAUGCAAAACUUGAUCGUCAAAAAAAAAAUUUUUUUGUUGUUUUGGUUUGCAGAAUGGAAUAGGGCAGUGACUGCACUGUUGUUAAAAAAAAAAGAAGAAGAAAGAAAGAAAGAAGAAGAAGAAGAAGAAGAAGAAGAAAAUUGUUGAAGGAAAGGAUUUUAGGACUUUUCAAGAAUGUCCUGAAACACCUAUGGCUUUGACUUUGUUAUUGAUCCAGAUUAUUUUUUCCUUGCAAUGGGGAAAAAAAUCUUUCAUGUUUCACUGUAAGAGGUCUUGUUACAAGAAUAAGCCACGAUCAAGGCGAGCCCACUGAUACUAACUGCAUAAGGAAAAAUAACAUAUCCAACUUCAGACAUGAGCUAUCUCUGCAGUAUUUGGACUGAAAGCCUAUGAGAAAACUGAAGAUUCCACUGUGAUACUUCCAAGUGAUAUUUAUCAAAGGCUAAAUUUUGAGUGUAAGAUAAACUGAAUAUUCUUCAGUAUCCCAAAAGAAUAAGCAAGCCCAAAAAGUAAUAUGAUCUUGUGUGUUUUAUCUUAAAAUGUGUUUCUAAGAGCAUCUAAAAUUUCAUGUGUACUUGUAUCCUAAUCAAUUAUAAAGCUACUACAUUUAUAAUCUGUAUUUUAAGAAAUUUCAUUGUCUUGACCCAAAAAGUCAAAAAUUAAGAUGGUCCUAAUAGAGUUUCAGAUUUAUGUGAAAGUACAAAGAAAACCGACUGUUCCUCCCAUAGUAGAGAAAUUUUGUUUUACUUGCUCUCUGUUUUUCAUUUAACUUUACAGGCAAAGACUGGUUGAACUUCAUAUGGUAAGAACUGUUAAGUAAAAAUUGUCAAGUAAAAGGAAAGCCCUAUUUCCGAAAAAGACUUUAUGAACAAUUACGCUGUCAACCUUGAAAAGUUUAAAAGCUCCCCAGAAAUCCACCUCAGUGUCUGGUCUCCCUGUCUCCUCCUCUGAUUAAGCUUGUUAUUGGUUAUGCACCAGCAUUCAAGAUAAUAAAAUUUCUUGUUCUGUGUA